AUGCACACAUACACGCUGCUGUGUAGCACCACCAAUGUGGGAGAGACUGGGCUGGGCCACCUGAGGCUGCCUUUGCAGGUGGACCCCGAGCCAUACCUGGAUGUCUGCAUUUAUGACACCUGCUCCUGUGAGUCCAUUGGGGACUGCGCCUGCUUCUGUGACACCAUUGCUGCCUAUGCCCACAUGUGUGCCCAGCAUGGCAAGGUGGUGACCUGGAGGACGGCCACAUUGUGCCCCCAGAGCUGCGAGGAGAGGAAUCUCCGGGAGAAUGGGUAUGAGUGUGAGUGGCACUAGAACAGCUGUGCACCUGCCUGUCAAGUCACGUGCCAGCACCCUGAGCCGCUGGCCUGCCCUGUGCAGUGUGUGGAGGGCUGCCAUGCCCACUGCCCUCCAGGGAAAAUCCUGGAUGAGCUUUUGCAGACCUGCGUUGACCCUGAAGACUGCCCGGUGUGUGAGGUGGCUGGCUGGUGUUUUGCCUCAAAAAAGAAAGUCACCUUGAAUCCCAGUGACCCUGAGCACUGCCAGAUUUGCCGCUGUGAUGGUGUCACCCUCACCUGUGAAGCCUGCCAGGAGCCGGGAGGCCUGGUGGGGCCUCCCACAGAUGCCCCGGUGAGCCCCACCACUCUGUAUGUGGAGGACAUCUCAGAACCGCCGUUGCACGAUUUCUACUGCAGCAGGCUCCUGGACCUGAUCUUCCUGCUGGAUGGCUCCUCCAGGCUGUCCGAGGCUGAGUUUGAAGUGCUGAAGGCCUUUGUGGUGGACAUGAUGGAGCGGCUGCGCAUCUCCCAGAAGUGGGUCCGCGUGGCCGUGGUGGAGUACCACGACGGCUCCCACGCCUACAUUGGGCUCAAGGACCGGAAGCGACCGUCAGAGCUGCGGCGCAUUGCCAGCCAGGUGAAGUAUGCGGGCAGCCAGGUGGCCUCCACCAGCGAGGUCUUGAAAUACACACUGUUCCAAAUCAUCAGCAAGAUCGACCGCCCUGAAGCCUCCCGCAUCGGCCUGCUCCUGAUGGCCAGCCAGGAGCCCCAACGGAUGUCCCGGAACUUUGUCUGCUACGUCCAGGGCCUGAAGAAGAAGAAGGUCAUCGUGAUCCCGGUGGGCAUUGGGCCCCGUGCCAACCUCAAGCAGAUCCGCCUCAUUGAGAAGCAGGCCCCUGAGAACAAGGCCUUCGUGCUGAGCGGUGUGGAUGAGCUGGAGCAGCAAAGGGACGAGAUUGUUAGCUACCUCUGUGACCUUGCCCCUGAAGCCCCUCCUCCUACUCUGCCCCCCCACAUGGCACAAGUCACUGUGGGCCCGGGGCUCUUGGGGCUUUCGACCCUGGGGCCCAAGAGGAACUCCAUGGUUCUGGAUGUGGCAUUUGUCCUGGAAGGAUCGGACAAAAUUGGUGAAGCCGACUUCAACAGGAGCAAGGAGUUCAUGGAGGAGGUGAUUCAGCGGAUGGAUGUGGGCCAGGACAGCAUCCACGUCACGGUGCUGCAGUACUCCUACAUGGUGACCGUGGAGUACCCCUUCAGCGAGGCACAGUCCAAAGGGGACAUCCUGCAGCGGGUGCAAGAGAUCCGCUACCGGGGUGGCAACAGGACCAACACUGGGGUGGCCCUGCUGUACCCCUCCGACCACAGCUUCUUGGUCAGCCAGGGUGACCGGGAGCAGGUGCCCAACCUGGUCUCCAUGGUCACCAGAAAUCCUGCCUCUGAUAAGAUCAAGAGGUUGCCUGGAGACAUCCAGGUGGUGCCCAUUGGAGUGGGCCCUAAUGCCAACGUGCAGGAGCUGGAGAGGAUCGGCUGGCCCAAUGCCCCCAUCCUCAUCCAGGACUUUGAGACGCUCCCCCGAGAGGCUCCUGACCUGGUGCUGCAGAGGUGCUGCUCCAGAGAGGGGCUGCAGAUCCCCACCCUCUCCCCUGCCCCUGACUGCAGCCAGCCCCUGGACGUGAUCCUUCUCUUGGAUGGCUCCUCCAGUUUCCCAGCUUCUUCUUUUGAUGAAAUGAAGAGUUUUGCUAAGGCUUUCAUUUCAAAAGCCAAUAUAGGGCCUCAUCUCACUCAGGUGUCAGUGCUCCAGUAUGGAAGCAUCACCACCAUUGACGUGCCAUGGAAUGUGGCCCCGGAGAAAGCCCAUUUGCUGAGCCUUGUGGACGUCAUGCAGCGGGAGGGAGGCCCCAGCCAAAUCGGGGAUGCCUUGGGCUUUGCUUUGCGAUACUUGACUUCAGAAAUGCAUGGUGCCAGGCCGGGAGCCUCGAAGGCGGUGGUCAUCCUGGUCAUGGAUGUCUCUGUGGAUUCAGUGGAUGCAUCAGCUGAUGCCGCCAGGUCCAACAGAGUGACAGUGUUCCCUAUUGGAAUUGGAGAUCGCUACGAUGCAGCCCAGCUACGGAUCUUGGCCGGCCCAGCAGGCGACUCCAACAUGGUGAAGCUCCAGCAAAUCGAAGACCUCCCUACCAUGGUCACCUUGGGCAAUUCCUUCCUCCACAAACUGUGCUCUGGAUUUGUUAGGAUUCGCAUGGAUGAGGAUGGGAAUGAGAAGAGGCCCGGGGACGUCUGGACCUUGCCAGACCAGUGCCACACCGUGACUUGCCAGCCAGAUGGCCAGACCUUGCUGAAGAGUCAUCGGGUCAACUGUGACCGGGGGCCGAGGACUUCAUGCCCUAACAGCCAGUCCCCUGUUAAAGUGGAAGACACCUGUGGCUGCCGCUGGACCUGCCCCUGUGAGUCCUUUGCUUCCCCAGCCAGGGCAGCGUCAAAGGGGCAGUGCUUUUAG